GAUCUUUUGUCUCGUCGCUCAAUCAGUUUUCCCGCGCACCCUUCGUGCAAUCCUCCCAGAUCGCGAUCCUGACUUUCUCGUGCUUUUGAGCAUACGUUUACCCUUUCUCUGAAGUCCCCGAAGGCCGACACCAGGUGGCUAUCCACGAUCAACAACGAACCGAUAAGCCGCUGUUGAAGAGCAUUGUCUGCAUCUGAUGGGCGUCUUCAACCCGAAAAUGCUGGAUGCCAGCAUCCGCGAUGUCGUUUCAUCGCUGUCGAAUGAUCGAAAAACAGACGUGCUCCUAUAUGCACUGCAACACUUGCCCGCAGGGCCAAGCUCUAGAACCAUCGUCGAGAACGCAGUCCAGUCGUGCCUUCACAUUCCGUCUGUAUACCCGCAAAAGGUCAUCCAGGCGAGGCUCUUGCGCGCGAAAUCUAGAUUUUCAGCUGGCCUGCGGGGCGCUGCUCAUCAAGACUUGCAAGCGAUCCUUCUCAUGGACCCGACCCACGCCGAGGCGCGAGCACUCAUGCCGCAGGCUGGUAGUACGCGGUCAGAGAAGUCCCUCUCAUUGCCCCACGGCCAACCCCGUUUCUCGCCAGAGCUAUGGCGGGAGAUUGCAUCAUACCUCCCGCGCAAAGACCUCAGGACCUUGCUGUUCGUUCCACAUGCCCUCUCCACCAUUGCCAGCGAGCUCUUGUUCCGCGACCUCCAUCUUCAGUUCGGAACAUCCCACUUCUAUGCAGUGAACAAGAGCGAUGAAUAUAGCUCGGAUAUCGAUAUAUGGCACGCGCAACGCAGCGCUGAUAUCCUUGCUCGUCUUGUUUCUGACCAGAAAUAUGCGAGUAUGGUUCGCGUCUUGCACAUAUCGGCUCCACACCAGUCCACAAACAUCUUGACGACGUUCCAGAUAGGAAUACUAGCCAAUGUAUUCCCAAAGCUCAUCAACCUGAAAUCGUUUGGUUGUAUCAUGGGCAAUGAAGCCAUGUCGUCUGUGCUCCGAAUCUUGGAAAAGACGCACCCGAGACUACCAGAGAUCAAUCUCAAGUCCACGAGCGACGAGCCCCCUGUUCUUCCUCGGCUUUCCAACUUUAACUCCUUUGCAUACACCACGAGACGUUUCCCUCAGGGGUUUAUCACGUCUCUUCCUGACCUCUUCAUCACUCUUCGCUCGCUCAAUCUCGAGAUCCAAGACGGGGUGAUUCCUGCCGGGAUCAUCGCGGCAAGCAACCUCACGACUCUUGAUCUCGCCGGGUCCUUUGAGGAUACGGCCGUUUUUAGCGAGAUUCUCAUGCAUGGAAAUCGCCUCGAGGUUCUUCGACUCCGAGGAAAACUUGGACGAACAUGCACACCGUCGAUUGCCUUCCGUGGUCGAACGGCUCCACUCCCAUGCUUACGCGAGUUUGUCUUCUCGCUGACGUCAGUAUCGCGGGACUUCGAAGACAGUGACCUCUUUGGCGCGAUCACCGACUUCGUGCGCAAGCACCCGGCUCUCAAAGCCUUAAAAUUAUUGAUAUAUCCUGAUGUACAUCAUGUGGGAUACGAUGCAUCGGUGUGGGGAGUCUUGCCUACUCUCACGGAGCUUCGCCUGUUGCACAUCGUUAUUCCUCAAGACCUCUCCCCUGCCCUUUCGACCUGGCUUAUCCCGCGCACGGUCAAGUAUCUCUCGUUAUCGACGUCCAGCAUCCGAAAUAUUGGCAGCAUGGUGUCAUUGUGGCCAGGUCUGCCGAAAGGCAUCAAGUAUCUAGCCUUGUCUUCGUCCUCCCCAGCAGACACCGCAGACGUCCUUCAUGACAGCCCGCUGCCAGAUCUUCGUCUCCUCAAAUUGUCCUCAAAAUUGUACACAGUUGUGCGGGCUGGAAACGAUGUUAUACUCGAGGAGUGGCCUCGAAGGAGGAUGGUGUUCUAUCUGGGGGACUGGCUGGAGAGGUUAGAAUGUGAUGAUCUACCGUUGUCUUCUUUUUGAAGAUAUACUUCAUCACUGUUUACUGUAUUCUUGGUCUGCUGACUGCUAACGAUGUGUACUAGUAUGCUGGGUAUCCUGAGGACUAAUUAUGUUUCUGUCAAAUACUAAAACAAAAAUAGGCACACAGUUGCACUUUCAUUACGUUCAUUCCCAAUACACGAACUCUUUUUUUGUACCUCAUCCUACCUCAUUUUUGUUCCUUCAUCAAUGACCAGCUGAAGGUAACACCACGAUGGAUCAGCGGGCC